AUGACGCCGUUGAUGGUAUGCUCAGUGGAGUCUGAUGCUCGUCUAAACCCAGACAAACCCGACUACUACUUCUUGAAGGGAUUCAGUGGCAACUUGAGCCAGUAUCCACAGCCUGAGUACAGAGGCAUCCCUUUGCUCUCCUCAAUGAAGAAUAUUGUCAUUCUACCCUUAAAUUCCACUGAACUGUUUGAAGACACUCCAUUGAAAGGCUGGUAUCAAAAGGUAAAUCCGGAAAAGGAGAGGUACUGGAUCCACGUACUUGCCGACGGCUGCAAGUUAGCAUUGCUCUGGAAAUAUGGGGGUAUCUACCUGGAUACUGACAUAAUAUCAUUGAGGUCUACGCCAUUUGAUAACUUUACAUGUCCAGAGAUCACUGGAACUGUCAGCAAUGGGGCAAUGGGUUUUCAUCAUAAGCACCAUCCUUUUCUGUGGAAUUGCAUGGAAGAUUUUGUGGCCCAUUACACUGGAGAUCUUUGGGGUCAACAAGGUCCUUGACUGAUUACCCAUGUGCUGAAGAAAUGGUGCAACAUUGAUACCCCAGGGGCCUUCAUUGGCAAGGAAUGCAAUGGCAUCCCUUUAUAGAUCACAAAACGGUUCUACCCAGUCCCAUAUCCGGCUUGGGAAAGGUAUUAUGCUCACUGGAAAAAGGUGGAUAUAGAGAGUACCAUCUCAGCUACAUAUGGAGCUCAUGUCUGGAAUUACAUGAAUUCUGAAGAAAAAAAAGUUGUUGCUGGGAGUGGAUCAUUAAUUGAAUAUUUUUUCCAGUUCCAUUGUCCAAAUAAUUAA